AUGGAGGAAUCCACAGAGAUUUUUGGUGAUAUUAAUCUCACUCUUGGGAUGCUGAACAAAGAGGAUAAUAUUAGUAAGGAAGACAUUUACAGUCAUCUCACAUCUGUUAUUCAGAAUACUGACAUCUUGGAUGAUGCGAUUGUCCAACGGUUGAUUUAUUACACUUCUAAGGACAUGAGAGAUGAAAAUAUUCCCAGAGAAAUCAGAAUGUUAGCUGGUGAGGUGCUGGUGUCUCUGGCUGCACAUGAUUUCAAUUCUGUGAUGUACGAAGUCCAGAGUAACUUCAGGAUUCUAGAGCUCCCAAAUGAAUUUGUCGUGCUCUCCCUAGCUGAACUGGCAACCAGAUACGUGUCCCAAAGUAUUCCCUUCAUGAUGAUGACCUUGCUCACCAUGCAGACUAUGCUCAGGUUGGCCGAGGAUGAAAAUAUGAAGCAAACUUUCUGUAUUGCCCUUGAGAAAUUCAGCAAGGCCAUUUACAAGUAUGUCAACCAUUGGAAAGAUUUCCCCUAUCCCAGAUUGGACGCCAACCGACUAUCUGACAAAAUCUUCAUGCUGUUCCGGUACAUAAUGGAGAAAUGGGCCCCCAUGGCCUCCCACAUGCAAACUUUGGCCAUAGUUAAGGUCCAUGGCCCCACCGUGAGCCUGCUGCUUCACCGGGAAGACUUCAGUGAAUUUGCCCUAAACCAGGUACACUGGCUCCUGAACCAGUAUAAAGACCAAGAGAUUGAUUUCCACAUCACCCAGAGUCUCAAACAGAUACUGACUGCAGCAGUCCUGUAUGACAUUGUCCUUCCCAAAACCUUGAGAAAAUCCAUCUUUGUCAAUAUGCUCCACCAGUUCUGCAGAGUUCCAGAACAUUCAGCAAAGGAAAAUGAAAUUGAAGCUUCAAGCUGUUUCCUCAUUCUAGCCCAUUCCAAUCCAGCAGAACUGAUGGAAUUUUUUGAUGAACAAAUAAGAAGUAACAAAGAAGUUAUUCGAAUAGGAGUAUUGACUUUGUUAAAAUCAGUCAUCAGUGCUGAGGAGCCCAAGUUGAGGGAUCACAUCACUUCAGUUGAAAGAACAGUCAAAGUUGUCAUGGGUGAUCUCAGUACAAAAGUGAGGAAUUCCACCCUUCUUCUCAUCCAAACCAUGUGUGAAAAGUGCUUCAUUGAAGCUCGGGAAGGAUGGCCCUUGAUUGAUUACGUCUUCUCCCAGUUUGCAAGAUCCAACAGGAAACUGGAAAAAACAGUGAAAGCUAAUUCUCAAGAGGAAGAAAAGGGGGAGAAAUGUGUUCAAGAAACAAGCCUCAAGGUCCUAAAAACCCUGGACCCACUAGCCUUUGGAAUGCCGCAGGUGCUAUGGCCAAGAAUCCUGACUUUUGUCGUGCCUGAAGAAUAUACAGGAACCCUGGACUACCUGUUCAACAUCAUCAGAAUUCUGAUCAUGGCAGAAGAGAGGAAGAAGCAUAAUGUGAAGGAGUCAACGGCGCUUGUUCUCUCUACAGGAGCUGUGAAUCUUCCUUCACCACAACAGCUACUGGCCAGACUUCUGGUAAUAUCUGUGCUUGCAAGUCUGGGUUCAUUACGUGGGGCUGGUGCAGUAGGACUUUUGAAGAUACUGCCUGAGAUAAUUCACCCAAAAUUGAUAGACCUGUGGAAAACACGCUUACCUGAGCUCCUGAAGCCUCUGGAAGGAAAUAAUGCUGGUGUCGUGCUGUGGGAACUCAUGCUGCUUCAGUUGCUCAAAGAAUCUUUAUGGAAAAUCAGUGACAAGGCCUGGACCAUCCAACUGAGUCAGGAUUUCAACCAGCAAAUGGACAGUUACAGCAACACCUCCAUUGAGAAGAAAUUCCUCUGGAAAGCCUUGGGAACCACCUUAGCAUCCUGUCAAGAUAUGGACUUUGUAAGCUCACAGAUUAAGGACUUUCUGGUUGCUCCCAGCCAACUGGGGGACCAAAGACAGGGAAUAACAUCUAUUUUAGGAUACUGUGCUGAGGACCACUUGGAUAUUGUUUUAAAAGUUCUUAAGACAUUCCAAGAUCAGGAAAAGUUUUUCAUGAAUCGAUGUAAGUAUAUUUUUUCUGGGAAAAAGAAACUGACCAAGACGGAUGUCAUAGCGAUCUACGGAGCCGUGGCUCUCCACGCUCCCAAGCAGCAGCUUCUCAGCAGGCUGAAUCAAGACUUCCUGGCCCAGAUCCUGUUUCUGUAUGGUCAGUGUUCUCAGGUUCUGGGCAUGGCUGUGAUGAAUAAGGACAUAGAUCUGCAAAUGAGUUUCAUAAGAAGCAUCAUUGAGAUUGGCAUUGCUGUCCAAGAUGCUGAGGAUAAGCAGUUCCAGUUUUCCUACAAAGAGUUGCUGAUCGGUUACAUGCUGGACUUCAUCAGGGAUGAGCCCCUGGACUCCUUAGCUAGCCCCAUUCGGUGGAAAGCCUUAAUUGCCAUCAGGUACCUAAGUAAACUGAAACCUCAGCUCUCAAUAAAUGACCACCUGAAUAUUCUUGAUGAGACCAUUCGGAAGCUGCUUCCCCUUCCACCUCUAGAAAUACUCAAAAACGAGGGCGAGACGGACAAGGACAAGGAGCACAUUAACUUUCUUUACGAACGAUCCAUGGAUGCUCUGGGAAAACUUCUGAGGACCAUGAUAUGGGAUAAUGUGGAGGCAGAAAACUGUCACGAAAUGUUUAAUCUUCUCCGAAUGUGGCUUGUUUCACAGAAAGAGUGGGAAAGAGAAAGAGCCUUCCAGAUCACAGCAAAAGUGCUGACAAAUGAUAUCGAGCCACCAGAGAACUUCAAAAUCGGUUCACUUCUCGGGCUCCUGGCUCCUCACUCUUGUGACACCCUGCCCACCAUCCGCCAGGCAGCUGUGAGUUCCAUGAUUGGCCUGUUCUGUACAAAAGGCAUUCGAAUGGAAGUGGAGAAACUGCAGGGUUUGCAGCAAGGACUGGAAUGUGAGGACCUGCAGGUCCAGAUCAAGAUUUCUUCUAAAAUAGCUAAGAUUGCCUGUAGAUUCAUUCCAAAUGAAGAAAUCCAGAUGUUCUUGGAGGAGACCCUUGAUGGUCUGGAAAGCCUGGAUCCCUCAUGUACAAAGGCCUGCGGCAUAUGGAUGAUCAUCACCCUGAGGGAGCACGGAGCGGCACUGGAAGAUCAGCUACUGGAGAUCCUGGGCACAAUGUACCACCACAUGCCUGUCCUCAGACAAAAGGAGGAAAGUUUUCAGCUUAUGCUCGAAGCCAUCUCCCAGAUUGCCAGCUUUCACAUGGAUGCUGUUGUCGUCAACCUAUUACAUAAGGCUCUGCCCUUUGACAGGGACACAAAGACAUUGUGGAAGGCCUUAGCUGAAAACCCGGCCUCCACUGGUAAAGUCAUUCGAGUCUUAAUAGAGAAACUGGAGAUGGGAUUAGAAGAUGACAUUGCUGGGAGAGAAGCAAUUUCAGUGGCCUGUGCGCUCUAUGAAGUGGUCUCAGUGGGAACGCCUGUCACCGGUUUGUACCCAGAGCUAUUCACUCUCCUCCUGAAGCUGGUCAGCUGCACUCUGGGCCAAAAGAUGCCCACCUCUACCUUGAGCCACAGGAGGCGCGUGAUGCAGCCAGGGGAACGGCAGCAGGUCCCAGACCCCUGCAGGCUCUCAACGACAACUCUGAAAUGCUUACAAGCGCAAGCCACAAAAGAAGGCCUUGCAAGAGAAUCCGAUGAGGGGGACAAUUUAUGGACCCUCCUUAGCAGUCCUGAGAGCCAUCACAUAGGUGUAUGUGCACUGGCCAGGAGCAUGCUGGUGUGGCAGCGUGGAGUCAUACUGGACAUCAUGGAACAACUCUUCCCGUCUCUUACCUCCUCCUCAGAGAACUACCGGAUAACUGGCACAGCUUUCUUCUCCGAGCUCAUGAAGGAGCCAAGUCUUUGGAAGCUUGGGAAUCUACGAGAUGUGCUGAUUUUGAUGGAUCAGAGUGCCUGGGAUUCCAAUUCCACUCUGAGGCAAAUGGCCAUCCGAGGGCUGGGUAACACAGCAUCUGGGGCUCCUUAUAAGGUGAAGAAGCAUAAGCAGAUAAUGUUAGAAUCUAUCAUCAGAGGCCUGUAUCACCUGGCUCGUACUGAAGUCGUCUGUGAAAGCUUGAAGGCUCUCAAAAAGGUCCUGGAGCUGCUUACAGACAGAGACGUUAGCUUCUACUUCAAGGAAAUAGUGCUGCAAACAAGAACCUUCUUUGAAGAUGAGCAAGAUGAGGUGAGACUGACUUCCAUCUUGUUAUUUGAGGAUCUGGCAUCCCUAACAGGAAGAAGGUGGAAGAUUUUUUUCGCUGAAGAAAUAAAAAAGAGCAUGAUUUCAUUCCUUCUCCACCUCUGGGACCCCAAUCCCAAGAUUGGAGCUGCUUGCCGUGAUGUCUUGGUCAUCUGCAUCCCCUUCCUGGGCCUGCAGGAACUCUAUGGGGUAUUAGACCACCUCCUUGAUCAGGAUCUACUAAGGGCCAGAGAUUUCUAUAGACAAUUCUGUGUGAAACUGGCAAAGAAAAACCAGGAAAUUCUGUGGAUCCUUCACACACACUCAUUCACCUUCUUCACCAGCAACUGGGAGAUGAUCAGGAGUGCAGCAGUCAAGCUCACAGAUGCCAUUGUUCUCAACUUGACCAACCAAUAUGUGGAAUUAUUAGAGAGAGAACAAUUGACCACACGGCUCCAAGAACUUCGACAAGACCACUGUAUCAGUGUCCAGAGAGCAGCGGAAGCUGCCUUGCAGACCCUCCUGAGAAGGUGUAAAGAGACAAGCAUCCCUUUGUAAACCAUCCAGAAAUAAACUGCUAG